UGGCGGAGGUUUGCCCUCUCAGUGUGCUUCUAGUUUUAUUUGAUUUUUUUAAUUAAUUAAAUGGUGCAUGAGGACAUCACUUCAUCUGUAAAUAGAUGUUUUCUUUUCAUCCACUUGUUUAUUUACUUAACUCUAGUUCUUUACAGAGGUACAAUACACUGUCAGGGUUUAAGAAUUUGGGCUGAAAAUGAUGGAAAAAUCAGCAAAGGUUUAACUCAGAAAACCUGAAAAACUUUUGGCCAAAACCACUUUCCUGUCUGAUUUAAAGCAUUUGGGGGGAAAAAAGCAAACCUGAAUGUUCUGCAGGGUGUUUGGUCACAUGUGACCACAGGAGAGCAGUGUCUCUGCUGAGACCACCCUCUGAACUCCACUGUCUUUUCCCUCCUACAGCUGCACCUGAGAGCAGGACACUGAUUAUUUCUGCUGUCUGCUCCAACAUUCAUUGCAUGUUGGGGGAAACACUUGUGUGUGUUCAUGAAAAGGAUUAGAAGAAAACYGUUCAUCCUUUUAAAUCUGGGUUUCCAGCUUUACUGUCAAACGCUGCUUUAAGGGAUUUAUCUGACCUUUUUUUCCCCUUUUUAAACUACAAAAUAAUGWAGGAGAUUAUGGUUGAACUUUUCGAGUGUUGAUUUGAGUUAUUGCUCAUGGUUCUGUCCGGAUCAAAGAGUCCCUUAUGAUGUAAAAAUGUCUUAAAUAGUAGUUUCUUCAUAUUUCUUCAGAUUUGUGUGAAUUAUUUAAAUGAAGGCUUUUGUUUUUAAGCUUUGAAUGAUUUUUACAGGAAAAAAAAAGGUUAAAAACUGUUAUCCUUGUGUGUUUUAGGAGAGGCGAGCGGUCCCUCUGAUGUGGCGUUCACUUGUCUCAGGCGGUUGAGGAUAUUUUUAACUGCGCUCCUAAUGCUCCUGAACGCGUUAGGAUAAUGCAGCAGCAGCGACAGGGAGUGAUUACGGCCAGGGAUGAUUUUGUUGAGUGUAAAUGUGAAAUCUGAUUAUCCUCCACGCUCGCAGGGAGGAGGAGGAGGAGGGAUUCGGAGGGAGGGGUUAGGAUACCAAAGAGCUGAGCCAAUGGCUUUUUCCACAGAGCAGCUGGCUGGCAUCAGGACAUAGGACGCUGAGGAAGGACACCCGAAGGACGGCUCUCGCUCCUCGCAGGACGCGGGGGGCGACUUCCAGGAGGUGUUCAUGGGAUGCACUAUCUACGCUGCCAGCCCUAAGGCCCUGCCUGCCGACGAGGCCCGAGGCCAGGACAGGUACUACCAGCUGCCCCACUGCAGCCAUGCUUAUGGCAACUGCAGCCAGAGGAUAGCAGCCUACAGAGCCAGGGCCAGGAGCAUGACUGAGCAGCAGGAGCAGGGUGAAGUAACAGGCCUCCUCUCAUCGCAGGACCUGGAGCCCUCCAAAGACGAUGACACGCACGGCCACUUCAGGUUUCAUCUGAUUGAAGACCUGUCCUAUGAAGACGUGAAGAAAUGUUACCGGGGCUCGACUGUCAGCAAGUACAACUCUCAGUACCACAAACUGUUCCCAUGUGUGCCCAAGGAUGAGAUCCUCAUGAAAGUGUACUCCUGUGCUCUCCUCAGAGAUAUCCUUCUACAGGGUCGACUGUACAUUUCCAGAAACUGGUUGUGUUUCUAUGCCAACCUCUUCGGCAAAGACAUCAAGGUGGCCAUCCCAGUCAUUUCUGUGAGGCUGGUGAAGAAGCACAAAACGGCCGGCCUUGUGCCAAACGGUUUGGCCAUCACAACAGACACCAACCAGAAGGACGAGUUCCCGACUCCAGAUGAGUUCCCAGUAGUUGAUGAAUUUCCAUCAGUGUUAAAGUGGAGGAGGAAACCCUCUGGGGUGUCUGUGUCCUCCUCCCUUCCUGAUCUCCUGGGAACCUCCACCAGUGGCCUCGGAGCUGCAGACACCCCCUUCAAGGCAGAGCAGCCGCUGGAAGAGCGAGGUCUGCAGACAGACAGGGGUCUUUUAUCAGAGCCAGUGGCUGAGUUGGGCCAGAUGGAGUACCAGCUGCUCAAGGUCUUCACCCUGCUCAUCAUUCUGCUCAUCCUGUCAUCAUGUUACCUGGCCUUUCGGGUUUGCAGUCUGGAGCAGCAGCUUUCCUUCCUCAGUAACCCCAACCUGCCCCUGAGAGAGAGGUAACCACGGCUCUCCGGUGAACCCAUCAGACCGGCUGUGGUCGUCUCUCUCCUCGUGCUCGGAGUUGAUGGUGGACCCCUCCUGUGCAGACCCGGGACCAGCCUAUGGAGCCACGUCACAAAAUAAAGGGAGCGACAUCAUCACGCCACCAAAAAUCCCUACAAACUGUUCCACGCAGGAAUGUAAUCAGCGAUCACUUCCAGACUAUGCAAACAGGUCGAAGGUUUCAGUCUGAGACUAAAGUAGGUUUUAUUUUAGACGAGGGUGGGCUGCAGUCUGUCUCAGACACUCUUCAAUGUAGAAAGCAAUCUUAAAAAGAGCUGCUGUUCGUGGCUCUGAUGAGGAUCAGGUGGACGUCGGCUGGUGGCUGAGGACGGAGAGAUGAAAGAGAUUUAAGAUACUUGACGAAAGAAUGAUUGUAAAGAAUUUACAGGGAUGUUGUGGAGGUUUUAGGACAUUUAUGACAUGUUUUGACUGAGUAAAUUGUUUUAUUUUCACUAGAGAGGACCUAACUAUCACUAUGCAAAAUAGAAAUAAAAAGAAACGUAAUAGUUUCAAACAUAGCAAAUAUUUUGCUUUAAUAAUGGUACUCUGUUAUCAUUUUAAAGGUAUUUAUAGAAGAAGGUCAGGUGAGUAAAACUCACUGGAUGACCUGAAAGGCAGAAUCAACACUUCCUGAUGGUGUUACAGUAGUUUGAUGGGGAAAAAAAGAAAUGUUUUUAUGUUUUAUUGCAUCAAUAAUUUUUAGUCUUGACAUUUCAAAUGAAGAUUUAAGUACUGAAGACUUAAAAUAACGUGUUAAGGCUCAGAAUGUCCGUGUUUUAUCACUGUCUGAAGAUGUUUUAUGGAGUUUGCAGAUGAGGAUGAUGAGUCUUCCUGGAAUUAGAUUAAAUCAAAAUGGCAACAAAGUUCAGUAAAUACUUUGUAGCUUUUUGUUUUCGUUUUGGAGCUUGACCCCGUUUCAUCCCGCAGCAGAGGCACUAAAUAAGAGUUGUGAAAAGAUUUUUUGCUUCUAACAGCACAGCAAAUCACUAGCAUUCACAGUGAGAUGAUUAAACAGCAGAGCGAUGUUKGACGAAGCACUCGCUGCUCCAUAAAUCACUCAGAGAGAGUUGGCUGAGUAACAGUGAUGUUUUUUUCCCCUCAACUUACUCACUUCAAAGUUUAAUAACUUGUCAGGGCUUUAAGAAGCUGUCAUUUUCUGAAAUUGUAAYGCAGAAGUACAAUGUUGGCUUUUAUUGUGUGUCCAAAAGUCUUUCCUGUUUCCUGUAGAAUCCUUAAACUUUGUUUUACUUUGUUUUAAACAGAUGAUUUUCAGCAAUGUGUAACAUUUAACAGACAAAUCUUGUGUAAACCCUACAGUUAAACCAUGUUUCAUUUAAAACACAAAUCACGACAGUAGCCUCAAAGAAACAGAAAUAAAAGCCUUCACAUGAAAGUUUAUCAGCUUUUUAUGUCUGAAAACUCCAGUCUGAACAUGACUUACAUUUCUUCAACUACAGAAAUGGCAUUUCCUGCAAAA